AUGUCAUCUAAUACUAAUACCCUGACAAUGGCAACCAAAGAAAUUCCCCUUUCUGAGGAACUCACGGAACAAGAAGCUGGUCUUAGGUAUGCCGCUUAUGCUAAUAGAUUUAGAACUUUAUUACAAGCUUCGCAUAGAUAUGUUGCUUAUACUUCGGAUAUUGGAGAAUCGUUCCGUCCUGUCGCUCAUCCUUAUCUUGUGAAAUUUGGAUAUUCGGUUUCUUGGUUAUAUAUACUUGGAGAUGUAUCCUAUGCUAGUUGGAUAACUAAACGUAAAGUGGAAGGUACAUUUGCUCCUGGAUUAAGACCAUGGGAUAAGUUACCAGAAGCUGACAAAGAAGCUUCUGAAAAGUUUAUUGGGUCCCAUAGCUUAGUUGAUAGUGAUUGGAGAUUGGUAGCCUUAAAGAGAGGUAUUUUUCAAAGUAUCGCUUCUAUGAUGUUGCCUGCUUUGACAAUUCAUUCAGCUGUGCGUUAUUCUUCCUAUUUAUUUAAGAAUACUGGAGUUAAGGUUUUGCGUACUUAUGGACCAGUUGCCAUUGGGUUAGGUAUUGUUCCUUUGUUACCUUAUGUGUUUGACAAACCAAUUGAGAAAUUGGUUGAUUGGUCAUUUGAAAAAGGUGAAGAAUAUUAUUUGUAUAGAAAGAAUCAGAAUAUAAGUCUGACUCUUCAAGAGGAUGAAAACCUUAAGAACAAAUCUAAAUUUGAAUAA